AUGACCCUGCCGACACUCAUAGGUACGGAGUUGCUGUUCAACAAGGUGGAAGGCAACCGCCGAGUGGAGGACUGGUUGUGGAAAAUGAGUGCAAUGCUGGAGGCCAUCCCAAAUGAUGGUCUGAAAAUUAUCCUCGCCACUGGGGUUUGCGUGGACAUAGCCGGUCCACUGACGAGGCUGAAAGAAUUUCGGCACCUGACGACGUGGCCUCAGUUUGUCCAGGUGAUUAGGGACAAGUAUGAAGAGAAAGUGACGGCUGAUGAGGCUCCAGUGAGCACAGACGGUAUCAGGCCUGACCCUGACUCUUGCCGCGCCAUUGCUGAAAUGCCAACUCCAAGAACAGCAAAGGACGUGCGCAGGUUUCUGGGUGCAGCCGGAUACUUUCGUCGUCACGUUGAGGGUAUGUUGUCAGAAGUAAUUAAGUACGUCAAGACUUGCUUCAGUUGCCAGAGGAGAAAAGGUGCCCUUAAGGUACAAGCCCCACUUCAGGAAUUUCCAGAGAUUUCAGAACCGCUAGAUAGAGUGGGGGCCGAUUUAAUUGAUCUACAUUGCAGCCAUUCAGGCAAUCAGUACGUGUUGGUAUUAGUGGACCAUUUGUCCAGAUACACCACUUUGAUAGCCAUCCCUCAAAAGGAGUCUCGUACUGUUGUCCGAGAAUUUUUUCAUAGGUUUGUCUUUGGGCCUCCUAAAGUAUUUGUUUUGGACCGAGGUCAGGAAUUUAAUGGGCAUAUAUUUAAGGAAGUUUGUAAGAUCUUGGAGACAACUUCAGCCUUUACAACAGCUUACCACCCUCAGGCAAACGGGAUGACAGAACGGACCAAUCAUAAGGAUAUGCUUGCAAUCCUUGCUGAACACGAUGCAAACUCGUGA